UUACCGUAGACAACGCGCUGCUGGCAGGUUAACUGCGGCCAGGUUCCUGUUUUGUAACUUAAAAUAUCCUGGUAUAUCCUUUUAGAGUGAAAUGAUUGCCUAGGAGUGCAUUAAUUGGGACUCAAUAAACCCAAGUGUACCAGACAACAAUUACAUUUGUAUUUCUAAAGUUCAACAGCAAGGAUGACAACCUCGAUGCAGCCGAGCAAGUAUACGGGCCUGGUCGCUGACCUGAUGCCCAACAUCCGGGCAAUGAAGUACUCCGGCCUGUUUAUGCACAACUUCACGGGCGGCAGUGCCUUCAUGAAGAAGGUGUACUCCUCCGCGCACCUGGUGUUCCUCCUCAUGCAGUUUACCUUCAUCCUGGUCAACAUGGCCCUGAAUGCCGAGGAGGUCAACGAGCUGUCGGGCAACACGAUCACGACCCUGUUCUUCACCCACUGCAUUACGAAGUUCAUCUACCUAGCUGUCAACCAGAAGAAUUUCUACAGAACGUUGAAUAUAUGGAACCAGGUGAACACGCAUCCCUUGUUUGCAGAGUCGGAUGCUCGGUACCAUUCGAUUGCAUUGGCGAAGAUGAGGAAGCUGUUCUUUCUGGUGAUGCUGACCACAGUCGCCUCAGCCACCGCUUGGACCACGAUCACCUUCUUCGGGGACAGUGUAAAGAUGGUGGUGGACCAUGAGACGAACUCCAGCAUUCCAGUGGAGAUACCCCGGCUGCCGAUCAAGUCCUUCUACCCGUGGAACGCCAGCCACGGCAUGUUCUACAUGAUCAGCUUCGUCUUUCAAAUCUACUACGUGCUCUUCUCGAUGAUCCACUCCAACCUCUGCGACGUGAUGUUCUGCUCCUGGCUGAUCUUCGCCUGCGAGCAGCUGCAGCACCUGAAGGGGAUCAUGAAGCCGCUGAUGGAGCUGUCCGCCUCACUGGACACCUACAGGCCGAACUCGGCGGCCCUCUUCAGGUCCCUGUCGGCCAACUCAAAGUCGGAGCUAAUUCAUAAUGAAGAAAAGGAUCCCGCCACCGACAUGGACAUGUCGGGCAUCUACAGCUCGAAAGCGGAUUGGGGCGCCCAGUUUCGAGCACCCUCGACGCUGCAAUCUUUCGGCGGGAACGGUGGCGGAGGCAACGGGAUGGUGAACGGGGCUAAUCCCAACGGGCUGACCAAAAAGCAGGAGAUGAUGGUGCGCAGUGCCAUCAAGUACUGGGUCGAGAGGCACAAGCACGUGGUGCGGCUGGUAGCUGCCAUCGGCGAUACUUACGGAGCAGCCCUCCUGCUUCACAUGUUGACCUCGACCAUCAAGCUGACCCUUUUGGCGUACCAGGCCACCAAGAUCAACGGAGUGAAUGUCUACGCCUUCACAGUCGUCGGAUACCUAGGAUAUGCCCUGGCUCAGGUGUUCCACUUUUGCAUCUUUGGCAAUCGCUUAAUUGAAGAGAGUUCAUCUGUCAUGGAGGCGGCCUACUCGUGCCACUGGUACGAUGGCUCCGAGGAAGCCAAGACCUUCGUCCAGAUCGUGUGCCAGCAGUGCCAGAAGGCAAUGAGCAUAUCGGGCGCGAAGUUUUUUACCGUCUCCCUGGAUCUGUUUGCCUCGGUUCUUGGUGCUGUUGUCACCUACUUCAUGGUGCUGGUGCAGCUCAAGUAGGCUGUCGAGGAACCGGCGGAUUUUCGUACCAGGAAAGCGAAUGCCAAGGAGCCACCGUGCCAGACGAACCCCAACCCACACCGCCCCCUGCACUUUGCAACCAGCAAUAUCACAGAGCAAUUAUAACGCAAAUUAUAUAUUUUAUACCAGCGACGAGCGAGCCUCGUGGGGCAUCAUGGAGACAUUCUGGGCACAUAGAAGCCUGCAAAUGCAAAUACUUAUCGAUUUUGUACACGUGUAGAGCUUUCAAUGUCAACCCAAGAUGCAAACCAAAUAAAUGUGUAGUGAA